AGUCAACGAUCUUCACUUUUGUCAAGUUCUUAUCGGCCGUGCAAAACCUUUCCGACGCAGUGUCCGCUUUGAGAACGAUCCUCGAAGCAGCACCGAACGGUUCCUCGUUUCUUUUCAUCGACAACUCGCUCAUGAGUAUCAAGAAUUUCGUGGAGAGUCUUGUUUUCCCUGAUCGAAACUUUGAAGAGACCAAGAAUGGCAAAGAAAACGAUGAAUUCAUCUUCAAUGCCUCGUACGCAGAAUACAGGUUUGAAAUCGAGGAUGCUCUGGCGAAGUAUCCUUUGCUGUGUGACUACAUUAACCUCGUUGUAGAGUGGGUUGAUAGGCCUCCUUUGAGUGAUCUUCGUGUGUACAUAUUUCAUGUUGUUAAGAAAAAUUAGAUUCUAUAAACAAAAAAAAUUAUUUGCGUAUAAUUAAUGUAAAUUCUGUUGUUAAAUUAAAAAAGCAAGUUGCUUGUUUUCAAUUUUUUCAUGAAAUUUUAAACUCAGUUGUUUUCCGUCUCAUUUUAUGUCAAAACGUAUUUGUAAAUAUCGUGAGUGCAAAAUUGUUAAAAAAAACUUUUAUUAGUUAGUUGUUUGUAAAGUUGAUCACUUAUAGUGUGUAAAAUGCAUUCAAAUAUGUUAGUGAAUUUAAUUUCUUUAUUUUAGCUAGUUUGAAACGUUCUUUGUUUCAUUGCUUUUAAACAUUUUUGUUUCAACAAAAUGCUCUCCUUUUCUCGUACCAUGGUGUCCGUUUAAAGAUCGCAUCAUUUCAUUUCCUUUGUGAAUAAAGCUGGAAUGAUUUGACAAUCAGUUAUCAUUCGUUUAUCUUGCUUUAAUGCGGGUAUCUUCUGUCGAGUAUCGCCCGUUUUAUGUUUCAUUAGGUACCUUCUUCCAUAACAUUCAAAACUGACCUGCGGUUCUUACAUAUGCUUCCCCAAUCCCAAUCCCUAAGCAGCGACCUGUUUUAUUUAUAGCUUGUUCUUAUACAUUUAUAUUUCUACAUCUGACUAAUAGAAAAAAUCUUACUAUUCAAAUAUGAUUUUCAGAUAACUUUCAGUUAUAUACUUAUUAUGCGCAACUGUAAAAAUCUGUUUAACCAUUCUCGCUUUUAAUCAGUUGGGGUUUUGUCGUUUUGAAGCGUAAAUCGCCGUGGUUUUAUCUAUCGUUUUCAGUAAGUGUGUAUAGACUUGCAUUUUUGCACAGCAGCCACAAAUCAAUGAAUGAAUAAAGGAAAUAAAUAUACCCUUUGUAAUUGCAAACAAAUGGGGCUACAAAGUUGGCACAAGUCCCAAAAUAGAUAGAGUUGGCUCUAGCCCCAAGGUAGACAUCUUUUGCAGAUUUCCCAAAACAGAUAAAUUGCCACUAGCUCCAAAAUGAAUUAGAUUGAUAUCCUCCUACAUUGUACGGACGCAAAAAAAUUAUUGAAAUCAUUGAAUUUGUUAUCUGGACAACUCUUCCAAAAUACACGAAACAGAGUCUUUACGAUUGUUAAUAAAAAUGACACGUGCAGUCUUCAAAUUUGCCUUGCUUUCCAUACAGGUGUAGAUUAGAUCUUUGCCUGUAGGUCUCCACCCCUAGCACUUAGCGUCUUCUUCAUGGCUUUCUUCUCUCCUUGUAACCCUUGAGCUUGGUAAAAGUAAAAGUGAGCUGCGAAAUCUUCUGUAAAUGUACAUUGCAUAUGCACGUUCAGUAUUUAAUUCAAUACAUGGAGAAAAGAUAACAUUCUAAGAAAAGUAUAAAAAUUAUUUGAGAUUGGUAAA